AUGAUAGAAGGUGGAAUUACAACCAGGAUGUCAGGAAUAAUUGACAACGCUGGACACCAUCCUUCUCCUCAAGACUACAGGCUUCUGACCACAGACCCCUCCCAGCUAAGGGAGGAGGACCUCCCGGGGGACCUGCAGUCUCUGUCAUGGCUCACCUCUGUUGAUGUGCCCCGGCUGCAGCAGAUGGCUGAUGGCCGAAGCCACAGUAACGGGCCUCCCCAAGGCAGCCUGCUGGAGCAGCAGACAGGUCAGCUAAACAGCAUGACCAUGACAGGGGGACAGGGCUCCAUGCUUCACCUUCAGAGCAAUAUGCAGCACAGCCCCCUGGGAAUCAACGUCCUCAGUGCCCACAGUGGAAGUAUGUCUCCGUUCUCCGUGAAUGGGCAGCCUUCUCCUGGGUAUCAGUGCCCUACCUCAGUCUAUCAAGCAGCACCCCAGCAGGUGUACUCUCUAACCCAAGCUGGCCAACAGUGUUCACCAGCUGGGCUUUAUAGCAAUAUUUCUUUUAACAACCAAAGUCUGUUCACACAACCACGGCUUGCUCCGCAAAACCAAGAAGUGCAGCCCAAGUCUUUCCCGAAGCCAAUCUACUCUUAUAGCUGUUUGAUUGCCAUGGCUCUGAAGAACAGUAAAACUGGCAGUCUUCCUGUUAGUGAGAUCUAUAGCUUUAUGAAGGAACACUUUCCUUAUUUCAAGACAGCACCAGAUGGAUGGAAGAACUCAGUCAGACACAAUCUUUCCUUGAAUAAAUGCUUUGAAAAAGUGGAGAACAAGAUGAGUGGCUCAUCCCGUAAAGGAUGUCUAUGGGCACUGAACCCUGCCAAAAUUGACAAGAUGGAAGAAGAAAUGCAAAAGUGGAAACGCAAGGACCUCCCAGCCAUCCGCCGCAGCAUGGCAAACCCUGAUGAGUUGGACAAACUGAUUACAGAUCGUCCAGAGAACUGCAGACGCAAGACUUUAGAGCCAGGCAUGACACGGCUACCUAGCUGUCCAACUGGCCUUCCACUGCCAGUCUCAGCCCAGAUGCAGCCUCAACCUAUAGUCACUCUGUCCCUGCAGUGCCUUCCCAUACACCAGCACCACCAGCUUCAGGCUCAAUUACAGGCUCAGGCCCGCCUGGCUCCUAUGUCACCUGCCCCAGCCCAGACGCCUCCCCUCCACACAGUCCCUGACCUUUCCCAGAGUCCCUUAGCCCAACAGCCCAGCAAGCAGCCACAUGAUUUCUACAAUCUUCAUGGAGAUACAAAUACAGAGGUGGACGCCCUGGACCCUAGUAUAAUGGACUUUGCCCUUCAAGGUAACUUAUGGGAGGAAAUGAAGGACGACAGCUUUAACCUGGAUGCAUUAGGCACCUUUAGUAACUCACCCCUUCGGCUAUCAGACUGUGACUUGGGAACAGCUAACCUUCCACCUGCUUCUAGCGGAGGAAACCUGCCUCUCUCAGAUGUGCAAGUAACAGGUCUCUACACCUCCUACACCUCCUUGGAUACCCUCUCCUCCCAGUACAUGGGUGCCCCAAACAACAGCAAGCCCAUAGCCUUGCUUUAA